AUGGCUUUGGCUGCUCGAUCACCCUCCGACGGCCUGCUAGCCGGCAAAUCUGCCGGCCGGCGCGCUCUGCCGGUGCUCCGUCAGGCCCCUGUUUCGCUCCUCUGCGCCGUCGACUCCGCCGCGUCCAAACGUGCGGGCUUCCACGAAGCUUCCAACUCGGCAGUCUUCAAGGCCAAAACCAGCCUAUCAGCGGCCGACUUGCUCAUGCUUCUCAGCCCCACGGUAGCAAGCUCCGCGAAUAUCGGCGCGAUUAACGGCGGUCCGUACGCGUGCCGCGAGUGCUCCAACAAGUUCCCGUCGCUCCAUUCGCUUGACUUUCACUACCAGACAUUCCACGCUAAGGACAAGAAAAACCGCCCGGUUGACCGCGCCGUGGGCGGCAGCAGCGACAGCGCGGAACCUGCCGGAAGCGGCUCGCCCGCGCCGAGCAAGAGCGGCACGCCGCCGCCCACGCGGGUUGCGGGCCGUCGUGCGCGCCUGGCGGCGUCGCAAGAAACUCUGGGGGAAUCUGGAAGCGCCGGCAGCGCCGCAGCCGCUGCGGCUUCGCAGAGCCUGCGACGAUCGCCGUCGCUGUCGCCGUCGCCAUCUGCGACGACGCUUCCGUCGUCUGGCGCCGGCGAAGAUGUCGCCGCGGGUGCGAUGGCUACGGCGACUGGCGGUGCGAAGUCGUCGCCGCAGCAGCGGCGUGGCGCGAAACGGAGCCGUGCCGACAGCCAGCCGGGGGGUACGAAUCCGUCGGCACCUGCAACGAAAAGGGGUGGCAGGCGCUGCGCCGGUGUCACUUCCGAGAAGCUUCCUGUGCGCGUGACGGAGCUCCGCGGCUGCGCCGCAGGGGCUCAGAUCGCGACAAUGGAUGCCAGCCGAUCAGAGUCGGUUAAAGUGGAGAUGCAACGACUCGGGCGUCACGGACUCGCGGGGAAGAAGUGGCAGCCGCCGAGUGUUCUUGUAACGGGCGGAGCUGAUAAGACGGUGGGUGAUGUGCGCGCUGACGGAGGCGCGCUUACUCCGUCGGAGUCGUCAGCAGUCCCUCAGCCACGUCGGAUCGGCGCGCUCGCAGGGUCCUGCCUUACUCUGACGGACCGAAUGAACUCGCUGACGUCAUCACUGACGGACUUGACGGCCGCGGGGAGCAAUCCGGUUAGCCCAACGACCCCUACCAACGUGCCUCUGUUUGGGGGAGCAUCUGGUGCCGCAAGUGACGGCUGCAAUGGCGGCGGUUUCAGUGCUAAGGUUGCGGCGCACGCAUCUCAGCUGCAGCAGCUGAUGGCGCUGGUGAUGCAGGAGCAGGAGAAGCGGGGGAGGAUGGCGCGGGUACCGGAGCAGACUAUAACGGAGCACAUUCCUCCCCUACUAAGCAACGGCUGUCUAGCCCAAAGGCCUUCGGCUUCCCAUGCAUCUGCUCCUGCACUCGCCACAGUUCGCCAGGUGGUAACCAGUGUAACCCCUGGUGCGCCUGCUGCUGAUUCCCCAUCGUUUUUGGCUCUGAAUUCUGCUGAUGGGCGGCAGGGAGCGUCGAGCACGGCACAGGGACCUGGUGACGUGGCAGGGAGCCAGCUCAGCAUGUUGGUGGCUGUGCUGGCAUCGAGGCUUAUCAUGGCGACAGGUGAAGCCGGUAUUGUCGAGUUCCUAGACGGCACAAGCGAUAAACACGGCGGAAGUCACGGCGGUAAAGGAAAGAAGCGGCAGCGCAAGCAGGUGUCUUCGUCGUCCUCGUUACUAGACCGCUUCGAUAGUGGCAGCGAGGAUGAGCAACAAGGAGGUAAAACGCGUAAGCGCGGCGUUCACUCGACCACAAACGGAGACGCUUUUAAUGGUGCAGAGAAGAAACCAGGGAAGAGGAAAAUCUCACCGGAAACGGGGGCAGCAGCAGGAUUGUUAGGAGACGGAGGUGACACUAACGAGGAGCGAGGUGUAGACGAGCGAGGGGCGCAAGGAAGUGCCUUAGAGGCGGGACCGGUUGUUGCACAAAAGGGGGAGAUUGCGGGGGCAAAGGGGAAGGGGACGGGGGGGGCUGCGGGGGAAAAGGGGAAGGGCGCUUCCCCAACUGCGCGCAAGAAGGGGGUUAAGGGACAGGGUUUAUCCGGAUCUCCUUCGGAAGAAUUAAAGGGAGAAGGGUUGGGAGAUGGAGGGGAGGGGUUUGCGGAAUAUGUAGAGGAGGAUGAGGAAGAGAGGGUAGGAGAGAGUGAGGGAGAGGAGAGUGAGGGAGAGGAGGGGAGUGAGGGUGAGGAGGAGAUUCAGGAAGAGGACGGAAGUGAAGAGGAUGAGCCAAGCGAAAGUGGGAGUGAGGAAGGAGAGGAGGGAGAGGAGGAGGAGGAGGAGGAGGAGGAGGGGGAUGGGGACGGUGAAGGAGCAGCAGGAUCAGCAGCAGCGCCAUCGUCAUCUUUCGCCACGGCCUUCGCGAGCAUCAUGGCGAAGAAGGUCCCUGUUACCGGCAAGGCGCCCAUCCUAGCAGCGCGGAAGAAGCUGCUGGAGGAGGGGAGGGCUUCAAAGGCAGAGGCAAAGGCCAAGGCGGUAUCUGCGGCUGAGAGGAAACAGGCCAAGCUGAUGGAGAGGGAGAUGGCACAUGUGAUUCCAGAACCGUUCCUUGGCCCGAAAGAGAAGGCUCUCGUCAAGAUUGCCACCAAGGGAGUGGUUCGACUCUUCAAUGCGGUCAGCAAGGCUCAGAAGGUGCAAAAGCAAACAUCCACCAAAGACGCAGAGAAGAAGACCAAGGCAGCUUUCCUCACGGAACUACGAGGAUCUACAACAACAGCCGGUAUUGGCGGCAUCGGUGGUGCUGCUGCAAGGCAAAGCGGCAAUGCCAAGCCAGAAGCUGCAGCGGUAGCAGCAACGCCAGCAGAGGAGCCGACGUGGUCCCUAUUGGCCGAUAGCUUUGAGCUGGGCCAGUCGAAGCUCAAGGGGUGGGACAAGGGCGAUGAGGCGCCCAUGCCGUUUGACCCUGAGAGGAUUGCCAUUGGGGAGCUGGAUGAGGAGGAUGAUGAUGGGGGAGGGGAGGAGGAGGGUGAUGAUGAUGAGGAGGAGGAGGAGGAGGAGGAGGAGGAGGAGGAGGAGGAGGAGGAGGAGGAGGAUGCUGUGGAUGAAGACGAUGUUAGUGAUAGUGACGAUGGUGAAUGCUCUUAA